AUGACCAUUGGAUGGAAACAUGGGGAGAAUACCCCAGAACCACUGAACAUCACUGGAGCCAAUGAAUCAGUGACCUACGCUAUAUACUCAAGAAAUCAUAACCUACCAGAAAAUCAAGGUUGUAAACUUCUUCAAAAUAUAGUGAAGGACAAGAGGAAAUUCCUCUGUCCAACCAAUCAAGUCAAGCUGAGAUUGCUACAUGCUACUACACCAAAGUAUCUGUACAACUACAACAUCCAGGAGGACCACAAUGGCGUCCUUCGACUUGACAAACUCCAUGGCAACACCAACUGGAAGCAUGCCACCAAAGUUGAGAUGGAUCUGCUUGCAACGUACAAGGUCCUUGUGGAUAUGGGGAGAGGAACCCCAUUGCCAAAAGAUCACCAAACGUUCAGAGUCCAACUUGUCAAUGCCCUUAAACAUUUUGACAAACACAAGCCCAGGCUCCUACCGUUUGGUGACCUUACCUAUGUACUGCCAAACAAAACAAAACCUAGCUGUCUAUUGACAGACCAAUCUGUUGUGGUUAUAAUCCAUCAUAUGUUGAAUGGAACCCCAAUCGGUUUCUUCUCUAAGGAGCAGUCAAAUGUUGAGACUGCUACUUAUGGUUCUGAGUUUGUAGCCACUCAAACCUAUGUCAAACAGAUCAUGGAUCUUCAACAGACCUUGAGGUACCUUGGUGUGCCAAUCAAAGGUCAAAGCUACAUGUUUGGUGACAAUGAAUGUGUUGUGAACAGUUCUUCCCGACCUGAAGCAAAGCUACACAAGGGGCAUGUUGCAUUGUCGUUCCACCGUGUGAGAGAAGCAGUAGCAUGUAACAUGCUAUCUUUUAUCCACAUUGACGGUGUUCUUAACCCUGCUGAUAUUCUCAGCAAGCAUCGGGGCCAUCAGCAAAUCUGGCCACUAUUACGGACUCUAAUGUUCUGGUCUGGUGAUACUGCUGAUCAAGAGGAAUAG